AGGCGUCUGUUUGCCAAUCUGAAAGGCACCGAGAUUUUCACUAGAUUAAUCCGGAUGCAACUUUUACAUGACCAACCUAACUAACAUGCAACCGAUCACUUGAAUAUAACUUACUACUAUUAAAGGGGGCUAAUGCGACUCCCUGAUAUACCUAUAUAUUGCUUGUUAAUUCCUCCAAUUUUUACAGGAAACCAUUACAGCCCCAAGAGAUAAUGGCCAUUGUCGCUGAAGCACCAGGUUUUCUCCAGGUCUUCUCUGAUGGGUCGGUAAAACGCUUUGCACCUGAAAUCUCAGCUGCCUUGCCGGAACUGUCCAAUGGAUACAGAUCUAAGGAUGUGAUAAUUGACCCAUCUAGGCCAAUUUCUGCCAGAAUUUUCCUUCCUGAAACCAAAAACUCCAACACUAGACUUCCAGUUUUAGUUUACUUUCAUGGGGGUGGCUUCUGUAUUGGCUCCACAACAUGGUUUGGCUACCAUCACUUCCUAGGAGACCUGUGUUUUACAUCCCAGUCAAUUGUAGUCUCUGUGGACUACCGCCUCGCACCAGAGAACCGGCUCCCCAUAGCCUAUGAUGACUGUUACUUUGCACUUGAUUGGCUCAGCACCCAUAUCUACACUGACCCAUGGCUAGAGCAAGCAGACCUCUCCCGUGUGUUCCUCUCAGGCGACAGUGCAGGAGGAAACAUCUCUCAUCAUGUAGCACUCCAAGUGAUGAGGAACAGACCCAACUAUGUUACAGUGGUGGGGCUAUUGAUUAUUCACCCUUAUUUUGGGAGUGAGAGGAGGACCGAGAGAGAGAUGGCUGUUGAAGCAGCUGGGGAUGUGGAGAUGAACGACAUGUUCUGGCGAUUGAGCCUGCCAGAAGGGUCAAGCCGUGACCACUUCGCAUGUAAUUUUGAGAUGGCAGAGCUGUCUAAGAUUGGAUGGCAGCAGUUUCCAGCAGUGACAGUUUUUGUGGCAGGUUUGGAUUUUCUGAAGGAGCGAGGUGUUAUGUAUGCAGAGUUUCUGAAAAGGAAAGGAGUGAGGGAAGUAAAGUUGGUCGAAGCUGAAGGAGAGUCACAUGUGUAUCAUGUGUUUCGCCCAGAAUCUGAGGCAACUCGCUUGCUCCAGCAACAGAUGAGUGAGUUCAUGAUUGAUCCUAAGAGAAGGAUAUCUUCAAAGAUAGGCUUGUAGUGGCACUGUUCACUUAGGUUA